UCCCGGCCUGGACUCGGUGAUCGUUGGCAGAGCUGACAGGGGAGAGGUCUAUAUGCUGCUUUGUAUUGCUCUGCACAGCAGAGCAAAACAAAGCAGCUUGUCUACACAGUAAAAAACACAGCACACUAUGUAAAACUCACACAGCACACAGUUAACUCUUUUAUCACCCCACAUGUUAACCCCUUCCUGCCCAGUGCCAUUAGUACAGUGUCAGUGCUUUUUAUUAGCACUGAUCGCUGUAUUAGUGUCACUGGGGAUGUCAGUGGCAGUUAGUCAGUUCCCCCCCAGUGUCCGAAUGCUAGCGACAGUCCCGCAAUAA